GCCGAGCUGCAGGCUUCGGAUUUACCACCGCCCCGGCCAGCAAAUCUUGAAUUACUAUUUGCGGUACUCAAUCUACCCUGCAGACCAAUGGUCAUCGUCACUGUGACCUUAAAAUGGUGACAUAACACAUUUUUAGUCUCCGCGCUGGCGCUUCCCAGAAGAAUGGAUGGUCGAACCGAAUACCGUAUCACCCAGUCAGUGAGGUUUCAGGGAGCAAGAAGCGGAUAAUAAUUUAAUACCUCUGCAUAUAUAUGACAUCGGCAGAAUGGCAUGAAUGAUACCAGUACUACAGGUCAAGUUAUGACUGCCAAGAAACGGUCACUUAGCAUAGAGCUCACUGAACUUGCGCCUGAAGUCUUGCCGUACGAUGGGUGGAAAACAAGAGCAGCUCUUCCAGACGACCAGGAAUCACUGAAUGAAAAAGUUUCCAAGAAGCCUGUGAUACCUGUUGCUGGAGCACCAGAUGGAGGAUUGACCGCGUGGUUGGUCGUUCUUGCUGUCAAUUUAGCUUUAUUUUCUACGUUUGGGGUGAUCAAUGCAUGGGGUGUCUUCCAAGCGUACUAUGAAGAAAAUCUACUAAGUCACACCGCUCCUUCGACUAUAGCGUGGAUCGGUUCUACGCAGUACGCGCUCGUGUUCCUUCCAGCGCUUGCGACGGGACGACUGUUUGAUAUAGGAUACUUCAAGAUACCGUGCUUCGCCGCUAGCUGCAUUUUCGUUGCGUGCACCUUCAUAACCGCGGAAUGCACUCAAUAUUGGCAAUUCUUACUUGUGCAAGGUGUCGGUUUGGGAGCUUGCUGUGGUACCAUAGUCAGUCCCGCACUUGUUGUCAUCUCGCAUUGGUUCGACAAGAGACGCGGCAUUGCUUUGUCGCUCGCCGCCGUUGGAUCUUCGAUUGGCAGCACCGUGUUUCCUGCAGCGGCGCAAAAAUUGAUUCCAUCAGUCGGAUUUAAAUGGACGAUGCGUAUAUUUGGAUCGAUUUUGGCUGCUACCCUGGGGAUAGCCAACAUAUUAAUAAAACGGCGGCUUGGACCCGCCAAUGUUAGUGGGGGACUCUUCAAUCCCAAAGCAUUCCGCAACACAGCAUAUGCCGUCUUUUGCAUUUCAGGAAUAAUGGUAUUUUUAGGCCUUUAUACAGAGCUAACAUACAUCUCUGUGAGCGCCGUAGCAAUCGGGGUCUCCAAGAAUAUUUCAUUCUAUAUUCUCUCGAUCGCGAAUGCAUCAUCUACAUUUGGUCGUGUGGCGGCUGGCCUAAUAGCUGAUAGAGUCGGCCCACUCAACACCAUGGCAGCUUUCACCGCUGUAGCGGGGAUUACGACAGUCGCCUGGCCCUUUGCUAAAAAUGAAUCCCAGCUCAUUGUAAUAGCCGCCAUCAACGGGUUCUCCACGGGGGGAUACAUAGCUCUCUUCACUGUAGUUGCUGUUGCCAUGGGAGAGAUCGAAGACGCCGGGCGCCGAGUGGGAAUGUUUAUGUCCCUCGCUGCCUUUGGAGCCAUUGCAGGUCCUCCAAUAUCAGGCGCCAUCAGCACCGCGUCAGGAGGGUUUAUUGACGCGGGAUACUAUGCAGGUGGCGUCACUAUGUGUGCUGUAGGAUUGCUAC